CUACACAAUUUAAUCCAGCCAUCGGUUUCUACAUGCCCUAAAAUCUCCAAGAGCGCUCUCUCUCUCUCUCUCUUCCUUAUUUCAUUGAUCAAAAUCGCCCUCUCCGCUUCUCCGACUUCGAAACGCUAGCGAUAGGAACCGAAUCUCACAUUCAAGCAAACCCUAGAGAGUGUCCAUCAGCAAAUGUUUUUUGAGAACUGACAGUUUAUUUCAGCCUCUGGCUUUUACUCUCUUCACAUUGCUAUUGGCUUUUACUCUCUUCAUAUUGCUAUAGAGAUAAGGACAAUAUUUGAUCAAUGCCAUGAGCACCCCUAAAAGGUUGCAUGAAGAGGGAAGUCAUUCAUCACCUUUAAAACGACCACUUGAGGAGGCUGGUGCAUUUUCUGGUGUUCCUGGAAAAGUACUAGCUCCAGUUGGUAAUGAUUUCCACCUACCUUAUGAACCUGGACAGGAUGGACGCACAACCAAAUUCCAAAGAAUUGAACCUCGUGAUAUUGAUAAGAGGUCAUCUCUUAUGCAUCGGAUGUCUUCCUCUCCCAGCAGCUUAGACCAAUUAAUUACCUCUGAGAGCAGAUCAGAUUUAAGAAAUCCAAAGGAUGCGAGAGAUGUUAAGACUGAAAGCAGGGAACCAAGGAGUGAUGCUAGGGAGUUGUAUUCUGAAGCAAGGAUGGAUCCUCCUGUCAGCAAACCUGAGAAUGAGGUUAGAGCAGAUAAUCGGGGGGAUGAAAAGGAAUUUAGAACUGAGAGGGGAUCUCACAAUGAUUUUAAAGGUGAUGCGAAAUUUGAAAGAGAUAGUUAUGCAACUGCAAGUUCUCAUAUGACUUGGAAAGAGUUAAAAGAACAUCAGAGGGGCAAAAGAUAUUUCGAAUCCUCAAUUGAUAAUCUGGAUCCAUGGCGUGCUUCACGGCAUGGCUUACAAAAUACAGUUGAAGUUGCAAACUCGAGAGCUGAGGAGUGGGAUUCAUCAGAAGCACAUGAGGCUGUCGGGGAAAACAAAAUUGAUAUGAAAAGCGAAGAGAAAUUCAGAGAGAAGGAUAGGAAACGAAAGGAGGAAAGACAAAGAGAUUUUGGAGAAAGUUACAAGGAUAGAAAUGACCGACGGAGUAAUAUGCAGGUUGGUGAGGCUAGCAGUGACCGCAAGGAAGAGACAGAAAGGUGGGAGAGGGAACGAAAAGAUGCUCAAAGGGACAAGGAACAUAUUGAGAAGGAUAAGGACUCUAGUAAGAGAGAAUUGCCAAGUGCCCCUGAAAAGGAUUGGCACCACAGUAAGGAGAUGCUGGAUGGAGCUGUGAAAAUUUCUGAGCAGGAAGUCACAACACUGGAACCUAGGAGACUCAAAGAUGAUAACUGGAAAGUUUCUGAUAAAGAUGUUAAAGACAGAAAAAAAGAAAGAGAUGUAGAUAUGGGAGAUAAACAUGAACAAUGUGGUAAAUCUUAUGAUAAGGAAUUAUAUGAUGCAUCUGGUGAGGGAGAGGGGGUGACAGAAAGGGAACGAGAAGCCUUUGGGAAUGGUAUUCAGCAGCGUAGGAGGAUGCUACGAACUAGGGGAACUCCUCAAACACCUAAUAGAGAACCUCGAUUUCGGUCUAAAGCUCGAGAAAAUGAGGGAUCACAAGGAAAACCUGAGGUAUCAACUGUUGUUUAUAAAGCCGGUGAAUGCAUGCAAGAACUUCUGAAAUCCUGGAAAGAAUUUGAAGCAUCUCAAGAGGGUAAAAUUGGUGAAGCCUGUCAAAAUUAUCCCACAUUAGAAAUUCGGAUACCUGCAGAAUAUAUAACCUCCAGCAAUCGUCAAGUCAGAGGUGCCCAGCUAUGGGGAACUGAUAUAUACACAAAUGAUUCAGAUCUCUUUGCUGUUCUUAUGCACACUGGUUAUUGCCGGCCAACUUCUUCUCCUCCAGAUGCUAUUCUAGAGUUAAGAGCAACAGUUCGAGUGUUGCCACCACAAGAGCAUUACAGCUCCACUUUACGGAACAAUGUUCGUUCUCGUGCUUGGGGAGCAGGCAUAGGUUGUAGUUUUCGUGUUGAGCAGUGCUGCAUUGUGAAGAAAGGUGGUGGCACUAUUGAUCUUGAGCCUCGUCUUACCCAUAUAUCUGCUUUGGAACCAACUCUUGCUCCUGUUUCUGCUGAACGCACAAUGACAACAAGAUCUGCAGCUUCGAACGCACUGCGGCAACAAAGGUUUGUGCGGGAAGUCUCAAUCCAGUACAAUCUCUGCAACGAGCCAUGGCUGAAAUACAGUAUUAGCAUAGUUGCUGAUAAGGGAUUAAAGAAGCCUCAUUAUACAUCAGCACGCUUAAAGAAAGGAGAAGUUCUGUAUUUAGAAACACACUCAAAGAGAUAUGAGCUGUGUUACAAUGGGGAGAAGGUUAUCAGUAGUGGCGCAGCAGGGACAUCUGCUCAUGCAUUAGAAUCAGAGCAGGAGAAGCGGCAACAUCAUAAUUCACAUUUACAAAAUGGUGAUAGAAAUCAUGCAGAACGCGAGCAUGCGGUUGAUAUGUUCCGGUUUUCUCGCUGCAAGAAGAUACUCCCAGCAGAAAUUAUGCUUUCCAGUGGUAUCCCUAUGCGUGUAGAGGACUUGGAGGUUAUUGAAGACAAUGUAGAGUGGGAAGAUCUGCAGUGGUCACAAACAGGUGUUUUGGUGGCAGGGAAAACAUAUGCCCUUGCGCGAGUUCAUUUUCUUGCUUCAAAGAAAAAGUGAUUUAUUAGAAAUUUGUGUGCAUUUUCCCAAAAAAAAAAGGAAAAAAAGAGAACGAAAUGUAAAAUAUUUGUACUUUCAUGUAAAAUGCUGCCUUGGCCAUAGGUGCAGCUCCAGCCUUGUUAACUUAUUUGUCUGUUGUGAUGCUAAUAAACCCGUAUUGUUAUUUACUGGUCUAAUUUAGAACUUUCGGACUUGUGUACA